CUGUGUGAUGCUAUCUUGUCAAUAUGGACCAAAAUCUCCGAGGAAUGUUUCUGGCACCUUGUUGAAUCUAUGCCACAAAGAAUUAAAGCAGAUCUGAAGGCAAAAGGGAGUCCAUUGGUUUGAAUUGUAUUCUGCUUGUUUCAUUUUUCUAAUCCUACUGUUUUACCUCCAUAGAAUUUCUUUUUAUUAGUUUAACCAUGACACAGAUAAAAUGAGAGUCACUGAAACUGGUUUGUCUGGUUUAUGUUUAACUAAAUUCACUUUGCCAGCUGGCUUUAACAGACUGCAGUCCUGAGUCUGUGUAAAAGCACACUAACUUCACUUGAUCCAGCACUUCAAGUUUUCUUGCAGGGACCCUGCUGCUAACUUCCUCCUUUCUACUCUGAACAACUGAAAUGGCUUUAAACGGUAGAAUCGCAGUAGUUACCGGGGCAGCAAUGGGAAUAGGAAAAGCAAUAACAGAGAUACUUCUACAAAACCGUGCCAAGGUGGUCCUCCUGGAUGUGAAUGAGACCGCUGGGAAGAGUUUAAAGGAAGCCCUUGACAAACAGUAUGGACAAGAGAGAACUCUGUUCCUGAACUGUGAUGUUGAGUCAGAGGAGCAGAUCAAAGCUGCCUUGAAGAAAACUGUAGAAACCUUUGGUGGAAUUGACAUCCUGUGCAACAAUGCCGGCAUCUUGGAUGAGAGCAAGUGGGAAAAAACUGUCUCCAUAAACCUCACUGGUGUUAUCAGAGUGACCUAUCUGGCUUUGGAGUACAUGAACAAGUUGACUGGAGGUCGAGGAGGGGUCAUUGUGCUCACAGCAUCCCUUGCAGGUCUUGGCCCACUGCUAAGCUGUCCUGUCUAUACAGCCACCAAGCAUGGGGUGAUUGGCUUUACUCGAGCCAUGGCAGCUGCCUCCUCUGCCUCAGGCUACGGUAUACGUUUCAACGCUCUUUGCCCAACUUUUGUCCAGACUGACCUCUUCUCCGCCAUUUUAGAUAGACUGGGACAAUUCUCCCACCUGGCUGAUGCAACCCAACAAUUUGUAGACAAAGGGGUGUUAAACGUGUCUGAGGUAGCCGAGGGCCUGUUAGAGCUGGUAACAGAUGAGACAAAGAAUGGAGAAGCCCUCAUGGUGUUACCCAACAUGAAGAACUACAUGACAUUUCCUACAUUUUUUCAGUAGUUCUUUGCAAUGACAAACUACAACACCAUCAUGCAGAACCAACUGACCUAACUGAAUCCUGAAAACUAAUUGCAAUGUUUCUCAGUGCUUUAACAGUAUUAACAGUAUUAUUAGUUGUUCAUUGGAUCACAUUUGAUAUUGGGGCUGAAACAUCUGAUUAUUUUCAUUUUUAAAUAAUCUGUUGAAUCGUCAAAUACUUAAAAUACGUCAAGCAAUUGCAACGACUUGCAAUCAGAUGUACUGUUAAUAAACAAAACAUGGCAAUCCUA